GUUUUCCUUGAAAUUUUUGGCUCGCAGUGGUGUGAAUUUUGGAAAAUGAAAAGCAUUAAACAAUCUCGUAAUAAAUUUUGAAACCCACGCCGAACGGAUUCGUUGAAAAUCGUUGUUUCCUAACAGUAUAAAUAUUCGGCGCGUUUUUAAACCACCCUCUAGCCCAAUACGAAAAAAAAAAACUGUAAUAAUGACGAUCUGUGACAAGUUGGCUUUGACUCGCAACCCAACUUUCUUUACAUUAUUUUGAGCUCUAAUGGCGAUUACCAAAUAAAUCGUGGGGUUUUCGCUCCCUCCUACGACGCAAGAAUGUCGGGACAGAGCGGAGGAUAUCGAUUGCAUUUAUCUACCCUUAACGAGCAAUUGACUUGCAAACUAUGCAGAGGAUAUUUUAUAGAUGCUACUACGAUCAUCGAGUGUCUUCACUCGUUCUGCCGCAGCUGCAUUAUCAAAUAUCUGGAGAAUAACAAGUACUGCCCGAUAUGCGAAGUACAGGUUCACAAGAGUAAACCGCUCCUGAAUAUCCGACCUGAUCACACGCUCCAAGAUAUUGUUUACAAACUAGUUCCUGGCUGCUAUCAGAAUGAAAUGCGAUGCCGCCGCGAAUUCUACAGCAAGCAUCCUGACGCAAAGUCACAAGCCAGUUCUCCUGAAUCUAGGGGCGAGCCGAUCGAGUCUCACAUUUACUCUCUGGACGAAUCGCUGAGUUUGUCUUUGGAAUAUUACAUCCCAAGCACAAAGGACCAAGGCGAAGGUGAUAAGGAAUCGACAGCCAAGACAUUGCCCCGAAGAUAUUUGAGAUGUCCAGCUGCAGUGACCAUCUCUCACCUGCAAAAAUUGAUACGUGCUAAAUACGGUCUAAGCGAAGCUCACAGAGUCGACAUUAUGUACAAAGAGGAACCACUAUGUGGCAACUAUACACUUAUGGAUGUCAUGUACAUUUAUCACUGGAGACGAAAAGUACCGUUGCAUCUUAGCUACAGGAUAUUUGAAUCUUCGCCGAAGCGUUUAAAGCUGUCCGAAGAUAAUCACAUGUACGAAAAAAUACUUUCUAAUACCAGGGUAGAUUCGAUCGAGGUAAAGCGUGAGCAGAGUGAAAAGCGCGAGUGGAAAGAGGUGCAAUUAAAAAUUUCCGAAACUGGUGUCAUGAGCGUAACGAAUAUAUCUAGUUUUGAAAAGAAAAGUGCUAGUAACGGAGAUGGUAACUCAGAGGAACUGAUUACUAUCGAUAAAAAUGUUGGUAAAAUCGAAAAAAUGCCCGAAGGUGAAAAAGAGGAGAAUAAUGAAGCUCCGAUACUGGAGAGUUUGAUAAAAAAAGAAGAUCUUGACAAAUCUAACGUCGAAACAUUACUAAGUACGACGAUUCCUAAUACUGAAGUAACAGAGAGUAGCCAAAACUUUUUAUUCACACAGGAAACAAGAACAGUCUUUGCUAAGUCUGAGUACAACAAAAAUAUCGAUGGCUCAGAGUCGCAGAAACUUAAUCCUCUGCCAAUGCUAGUAGAGAAUCCCUCAAAGGUGGUAACAAGGUUCGACACCGAAGGUGAAAGUCUUGUGGCUCAGACGCAGAAGGCCAACAACCAAAGCAAAGUGAAAAAUAGUUCGAUACAGGAUUCAAGUCAGCUGAAAAAUAGGCAGGAAUGCACCACCUCUAGUACAAAAAAGGCUGAGAGUCGGGUGAUGAAUACGAAUAAUAAUUUAAUAAGUGCCGACACAAAGGGUAAUCAGAGUCAGAAAGAAAAUUCUAAAAAUUCCGGAAAGGAGAUAAGAAGUGCCUCAACAAGCGUCGAGAUUAAGCAAAAUGUUCCCAAUUCCAUGCUUUCCUUUCAACCCAAAGUCGGACAGGUGAACAAUACUUAUUCCAAGAAGAUUCCAAAAGAAAAAAAGGGAACGCUGAUCAACUCGAGGAAAUUGGAUUCAAAAAUAGUUCCAGAGCAAUCGAAGAGUGAUGUUAAACCCUUGGCGUAUUUUCCCAUCACAAAAUCUCAAGCGACAGCCACUGUCUCGUUAACCAAAUUGGCUACCACUGUCGUCUCGUCACCUCACUCCACAACGAUGUCAACACAGGCUGUAAACACGCCCGUGAGCAUACCACAGGGUGGCUGUCUCUUCGUUUCAGCCCCUCAGAUGACGACGUGUGUUGUAUCAACUACUACCACAAUAUCGAGUAUUCGAAGUCCAUCGGCUGCAAACAAAAGUAUCCCGCCAUCGCCCCAGAGGCUGGAUUGCCAGCCCGCAAAACUGGUGAAUUCUAAGCCAGAUUCUACCGCGACAUUGAAAUCAGAUUCGACUGUUCAGAAAGUCUUGCUGGUGAAGAAUAAUAACAACAACCUGCCGACCACCAGUCAAAGCUUAGCUUCCAUCGGUCUUAACAUUUCCACAACCCUACCUGGCUCGGUGGAAAUGAGUCCAAACGUUUCGCAUGCUGUGCAGAAUCUUGUGAGCACGUCCCAUGCAAAAAGCAAUGAGUCCAAAGGUGAAAAUAGUUUGAAAAUCGGCAGUCCAAGCGGACGGCAGGGCCCCGCUCCCUCAGACAUACAAAUGGUGACUCAGAGUCUGAAUGCUCACUCUGGUUCGUCACCCAUCAGUAAUAGUCCUCGUUUGUCCUCGUCGCAAACUUCGACUGGUACCAAGAGAACGAGCUCGCAAUCUGCCAUCGAGAUAACCAGCAUCUAUACAGUACCACCUUGCCCAGACGCCAUUCCUAUAUCUUUGAUGCCGACGAAGCCAUCGGUGCGAAAGCACGAGAUAAUAGCCAAGGGGACAAAUUUAAAUGAAAUAUGCGCCAAAAUUGGGGAAAGUUCUAAAGAGAAAAUCAAAGCAGCUACAAGAUCGAAGCCGGAGAUUCCGAAUCUAUUGAAAAUAACGAAAAAAACGUCAGUAGAUUCUAACAAAUGUAUUCCCAACGUACCCAGCAUCCCUAUCUACACAUCUGGCCAAAAUAUAAUCCCGUCGGAAGACAAGCCGAACGCUUCGAUUGGUAAAGAAACACCCAAGACUGGCUCUGUUGUUUCUACAUCUCAGUCAGUCCCGACAUCUGUGUCAUUGCAGAAGGGUUGUUCCAUCAAGAAACAGUCGCUGCCUGUCGGCUAUAAAACGCUGCGGGAUCCGCCGAAAUCUUGGAAUCCGACAUUGUCGAAAAACAACUAUGUCGCCGCGAGGAAUCAGGCUAAAGAAAUGCAGACCCAAAGUCAGGGGCUCACAGCAUCAGACGGCAAUCAUGCCAAGCCGAUAACUUCCAAGCCUGCCAAGAUAUUUAAGAUGCGGAACAUGCCACGAUAUCUUGGCAAUCCGUCAUCUGGCGUUAAGCGAAUGUACGGAGUGUCGAACGAAAGCAAAGACAAGGAUCAAACUGUGCAGAAUCCUGCGAAGAACAGCUCUCUCAGCAUGAUGACCAUAGAUCCUAAAACUCUGUCACCGAUCGUGUCCAGCGCCAAUUCGACCAUCGUGACACCGCCCCCUUAUUCUCCCACUGCGAGGAGCUACCAAAACACCCAAUUCUCGAGAGAUAUGUGCCGCAAUCCAGGUUCGCCGAUAUCGCCAAGGAAUUCACCGAUCAACAUGCUCUCGACGAAUCCCUUCAUACCAUCGCCCACGUUGAACACAAACCCUAAACUGAUAUACACCCACUUUCCGCCGCCGUAUCCCGACACAAGCCGGUUUCCGAACCCCCUCAUAAGAUCGCCGAUCGGAAUCCCCUCACAUAGUGCCUUUCACAGCAGUCUGCCUGCCUCCAUCAACAAAUACCAACGCUGUAACUAUCUUCCAGCAGCCGCAGGCUACACGACCGCGCCUCCACCUCCAACGAUUCAAAAAAUCUUACCCAGUAUGCAUUCUUCCCCGAAGUCACCGAAAUCUACUUCAAUCACUAACAGUUCCAUAUUUCCCAUGGGCAAAAGCGAAGUGCAGCUUUCGACAAGGGUGGAGAACAUCGCUUUGCACUUGGCUAAAAACGCGGCUCAACAAGAGCUCAAUAUAUUCAAUCUUUCCAAGACAGGAAAUCCGACAACAAAUAAUUUCCCAAACCUAUUGACGACCACCACUGUUACGCUUGUCACGUCUUCUGGGUUCACAUUGACGGACACUUUGCCAAAUGUCACAACCCAGGCAACGGUGAAAUCCAAGUCUCAGCUGGAGAUAAAAGUAUCCGAGACAGAAAGUCCCAAACAAAAGUCCAAAGAACCGGAAACUGUAGUUCUUGAAAGCGCCGUUGAACCUCCUUUGACUCCGAAGGUGAAGAGUUGCGAGGGUGACGCAGAAGCGAAGGAAGAAAAAGAUAUUGAAAAGAAGAAAAAGACACUGACAAAGAUUAACGGCGACGUAGCUACCCAAAAUACAAGUCCUGCGGAAAAAGCUGAGAAGGAACAAAAACCGUCGAAAAAUACCGAGGCAAGUUCGGUUUCUGCGGAGAUUAAACAAUUGAACUUGAAAGAGGUUGAGAAACCAGAGAAGCAGGUAGAAAUAAACAGCGAAAAGAUGUCCAAUGAAGCUAAAAGCGAGGAUAUGGUUCGCAAAACGGGUGAACCGAUUCAAGGAAAGAAAUCGGAUGUACAAAGAAACAAGCCGGAAUCGUAAUUGAAAGACGCGGGUGGUAAUAUUUGUAUACUGCAGUUUUGAGUUAAAUGAUUUCGUCGGUUGCGUACUAACAAGGGGAGAACGCCAUAACCGGGAAUCGGAUUUGGACGAGUCUUUUUCCUAUUUCAGUACUUCACCAAAACUGUGAUGUAGUGAAGUCACACGAUGCAACUCUCAGCCGUUUACGAGAAAAAAAAAUCGACAACGCUUAUACCCUAUUUACGUUACGAUACUUUCAGCCGAGGUGAAUUAGCCGAGCAGUUGGUGCGAUGGUUCAUACGCGGGCGGUCCAGAUUCAAAUCUUGUCAAUUUUUUCUUUUUCUUUUUUUUCUCUCCUGUGAAUAUAAAUAAGUUUAUUUCAAGUGAAAAAUUGUUGUUUAAAUUAAAAACACAGGUUUUUUCCUUGAUAAAUUAAAAAAAUCAAUCGAAUUCCGCAUAAAAAUCAUACCCGUUAUUAUUAUUACUAUCAUUAUUAUUUUUACCAUGAUUACAGUGAAAUUUUGUGCAUAAAAUAUCAAAUUUUUAUUUCUGGUAAAGCCGGUUUCCAAAUGAGUGAAACUGUCGCUUUCCGAGGGUUUUAUCCCUACUUUGACCGCCCGUGUGUGAACAUCGCACUAACCGCUCAGCUAAUUCGCCUCGACUGAAAGUAUUGUAAGGUAAAUAAAGUAUAAGCGUUGUCGAAUUUUUUUUUCCGUAAACGGGCUGAGAGUUGCAUCGUGUCACUUCACUCCAUCACAGUUCUGGUGAAGUACUAAAAUAGGAAAAGACUCGUCCAAAUCCGGUUCCCGGUUAUGUCGGUCUUCCCUUGUAAGUGGCAUGCUGUAUAUUACUGUAAAUAGUCUAUGGAAAUAUUGUUAUUUACUAUAUUAUGUGUUGAGCACAGACCUUACAAGAAUAAGUUGGUUUUAUCGAUCGGGCGAUUAAAUUCGAACGUACUGUUACGUUAUUGUACCCCCGAUUUGUGGUUUUACCUUUUUUUUUUUUUUUUUUUUCCAAGUUGGCACGUUAAACGAACUAAUCAUUCUUCUCUUUUUUGAAUUUAGCUUUUAAAUUAAGCUGGUUAGAAUCUUCUUGCCGGUUAAUUCGAUCAAUUCAUAGGCAAUUUUAUUUUAUCCUCGUGUACGGUCAGUUGUAGUUUUAUAUUAUACUUAUUUCAUCCUUCCUGACUAAAACCAUCCAGCCUUUGAUAGUACUGUCAAAUAUUUAAUAACAAUUUAUUAUGUACUCACCAAUACAUGUAACUAUAUUACACAAUUUAAUGUAGUUAUAAAAAAAGUUGAUUAGUCGCAUAAAGAGAUCAUCCAAUUGUACAUUAAAUUUUAUUUAAAGCGUUUAUCACACUCGCCAAUCUGUAAGUUAAAAAAAAAAAUUUAUAUUCAACUAUUAAUGAGGUUAUAACAACCAUUAUUACUAUGAUCAUUAUAUAAAUAUAAUUUUAAAAUAUAAAUAUUAUAUAUACGUAUCUCACCUAAAUUGUAUAAGCGAUAACAAAAACGGUUACGGACUAUAAAUGUUAACGCGUUGGCAUAUAAUUAAUGAUUAAAUGAACAUGUUAUUUAAAAGAAUUCAUUUUUAUGUUUGUUGAUUAACAAAUAAUUAAUUUAAUAGGACAGAGGCCUGAAUAUUUUUAAUACAUGCGAUUACUAUGAUUAUUAUUCAUGGAUUCGCUCGCUGUAGAUGAAAACAAUAAGCAGAUUAAUUAAUGAAUUGAUACAUAAUUAAAUUAUUAAUUAUUUCAAAAGAGAAAAAGAAUACUACAAUUAUCCGGCGCCGUAAUUUUUGGUAAAAGAUACAGACGCAUGAGAAUAAGACUUGUGUCUCACAAUAGAAUAGUCAAGUGCAAUUUUUUCACUGGUAUGGCGAGCUCUUCUCAUGGAAUGUGUAUAAGCAAAGUGUCGACAAACAAGAAGAUUAAUCGAUUGAUCAAUUUUAAAUGUACAUAGAUCUGGUUGCUCUGAUGUCUGACCCAGAGAAUUAAUAAAAGUAAGGGAAGGACAAAUUAUGGAAACGUGGAUGUAGUGAAUAGAAGA